CCCGAGUCGAUUUUGAUGUGAAUGGCCGGCGGCGAAUAAGUCUGCCCCGACCUCGGGAAUUGUUCAAAUACCUGCGCCAUUAUCCGACUGCAGGAGAUGAUAAGAUAUUUAACACUGGCUCUCGCGUCAAUUCGGGGUAAAUCUACCGUUCUGCAUCAACUGACCCAAACUCCAUCCUCCUAAUCGAUAUCUUUCUCUCUUCGCUAUGCCUGGACAAGUUAGACACUGGCCCGCUUGGCCCGAAUACACGAAGCAGAGAAGUGCUGAGGCAGUGGACCCUGACUUCUUGGCUGCGAAAAAGGCCGUCAUCGCCCAAUAUGGAGCGGAUGCACUCAGACAGAGCUGGAUUGCUGUGUGCGAAGAGCUGAAGACUGUCACGGAGGAGAUCGCCACGAAAGGACAAAGCAUCAUUCCCGUACUUAACGCAACUGAGCUCCUCCAAAGUGGAUUCACUGAUGAGCAAAAAGCCGAGGUGAAGUCCAUUGGUGCCUUUGUUGUACGGGAAGUGCUGCCCGAGUCUGAGGCUACGGCGCAUUAUGCAGACCUCCGGAAAUAUGUUUCCGACAACAAAGACAAAAUCAACGGCUGGCCGAAAGAAAGCCCCUCUAUGCUGAUGCUUUACGACUCUCCUACCCAGAAUGCCAUCCGCGCGCACCCGAACCACCUUCGUCUUCAGCGCAUGCUAAAUGAGCUUUGGCAUGAUUCAACCGCGGAGACGUCACCAGAGCCGCUGAUAUACCUUGACGGAGCCAGAGACCGACCUCCGAAGCAGGCUUUUCUUGGACUUGGUCCUCACAUUGAUGCUGGGAGCCUGUGUCGUUGGGCGGAUCCGACGUAUCGCGAAUCGUAUGGACACAUCCUGGCCGGCAAGCCGGAGUUGCAUGACCCAUAUGACCUCGGGGCCCGGAAGAGCGCAAACCAGGAGUUGUAUCCUGGACUAGCACAUUCCAGUGUCUUUCGAUCGUUCCAGGGCUGGACAGCACUGACAAAGGCGGCCCCGCGAGAGGGAUCCCUGCUGAUCUAUCCCAAUGUCUCCACUGCUAUUGCAUAUGUCAUUCUCCGUCCCUUCUUCAACCCGCCUAGCCAACCCGAGGAUAUCAUGGAUGCCAAGAAGUGGACCCUAGAUGAGUCCAGCGGCUGGUUCCCCGGCACAUUCAAGACUGAGAGUCAACGUCUCAGCCGUUUGUCUCACCCGCAUCUGCGAUUGGAGGAGUGUCUCAUUCACAUGCCAAGAGUGAACCCCGGUGACACUGUUUGGUGGCACGCUGAUGCUUGCCAUGCUGUGGACCCCGAGCAAGAGGGUGCGGAAAAUGCGUCUGUUGUGUACAUCGCGGCGUGUCCCACGACCACAAGCAAUAAGGCGUACGUGAAGAAACAACUCGAAGCAACUCGAGCUGGACGGCCGGCGCCCGACUACACCGAAGGCAACGAUCUGGACGAGACGACACUGAAGGGUUAUGUCGGGCUUGAUGGAUUCAGUUCAGAGGCUAAGAGGGCCUAUGGAUUUGACUUGUGAGAGUUUGAGUUAGAUGUAAA